CUGGUGACUUGCCCCCAAAAAUGGGCAACCGUUGCACAAAAGUAGAAAACCGUUAUCAUGCACCGUUGAAAAUCAUUGUGACUGAUCCUUGCGGAAAAAACACGUUGUUUCGUUUGGCUACCAACGACAGUAGGGUUAUCAAAUCACAGAGAAGAAAUGUUACAGUUAGUGUGUUUGAUACCGACGAAGCCGAAAGGCCUUAUUCAGCUUUAACAGUUGCUGCAGGUACUUAUGUAUGGAUAGAGAGCAACUGUUUAGGCAAACCAGACGUAUUGAGCGACGCAGAUCAAUCUUCAGUUGGGAGACGUAUGACAAAUACAUCAUUAAAUGACUAUGAUUUACCAAAUUCUGUAAUAACAGAUGAAACAGAUACACCUGUCAUUGAAUCAACUAUGACAGACACAAAAUUAGGCAACGUUAUAUGCAGACAAAAUAUGCAGCUCGAAAAAGAAGUGAAGGAAUGCUUAGGUAAUACUUUUAAAAGUGCACUUUCCGGUCUGCGUGAUGUAGCAGAAACAGGUACGACAGAACUGGCUACAGCUUUUACGAAGUUUGUGAAAGACAUGGAAAAUAAGACAUUUGAGUUAAGAAAUUACAUAGAUAGCCAAACUGCUCCCUGUCAAAACGCAGAUAUGAUUUAUCAGCUGUUAGAAAACCAAAAGCUGUCAUUUCAAACCGUAAUUCAAAAAUGUACACUGAAAGUAACUGAUGGCAAAUUAUGUGAUUAUGAUGCUUUAGAUAUUGAACAACAAAAACGUGUCCUGUUGGAACUUGAAAGAUAUCUAAGAAAUGGAGUCAACAUAUUGACAAAUGUUUCUAAAGCUUUAAAAUGGUCUUUCAGAUGUAUUGCUCUCGUUUUUGUAUUAGUUUUUAUUUACCAAAUAUACAAGUCUGACAAUCCAUUGAAAGAGGCGACAAAGAAGAUUAUAGAUUUCGGGGUAGGAUAUGUUGUUGCGGCAAUAGGGUCUAAAUUAGGAGCAUUGAUUGGUGCUAUUGGGGGACCAAUCGGUGUUGUUGUUGGCUCUAUUCUUGGAGGCAUGAUUGGUGGAGUAUUAGGGAGGUACUGUGGAAAGGGAAUUUUCAAAAUAGUGUGUAUUUUCUUUCCGAAAUCUACUGGUGGCCCAGGUCAGCCUCCCAUUGAAGGGACAAAAUAUAUAUAUGGUCAACCAUGUAUUCAAGGAGCUGGGGCAGUUAUGGAACAAACAAAACUACACGGUUUACUACCGAAAGGGCAGCCUAAAAUUGCUGGUGCCGAAGCAGCGAUAGGUUUGCCAAAACUCUGGAAAUAAUAAAAUAAAACUUAACAAUUGUCUCAGUGACUAAAGUGGGAAAUAUAUUGUCCGUUGUUAAAAGUAGCGGCUGCAUUGGAUAUAUGUUCACUGCCGAUGAUUUGCAUAAAACGUUUAUGUUAGAUAAAAUUAGUUUCGAGGAUUUAACUUUCAUUUGGUCAGAACGUUGACUUGCAUAUGUGCUAGAAACGUUUUCUGUUAAUAUCAACUUUUUUGAUAUAUAUCAUAUAUAUGAAAGUCUCCAUGUCAUUAUUAUUUAUCAUGUUUAUAUGAAAGUCUCAAUGUCAUUAUUAUUUCUCCUUUUGUGUGACCAAGGAUAUUUUUUUUUACUUAUUUCAGAGCUUUUCACUGAUUCAGUUGUUCAAAAGCUCAACUGAACAGCAGACGUAACAUUAAAAGUUAAAUGAUAUUAUUUCUGAGGAAUUUCGAAGUUACUGUAAAACAAACGUUAUUCCAAUGUGACAAUACAUCAAAACCAUGAAGUGCUGAACUCUUACUUUAAUUAAAUAAGUAAAGUGGGAAAAGUUAUUAGUAUGUUCGUGUGACAGUUUUCGGGGUAAGUAUUCUAUGUCAUCGUGCUUAACUGCGAAAAACUAUAACAUACAUAAUAUAGCUAAACUAUUCGUGUAAAUGAGCUGAGAGCUAUUUUUCUAUUUCCGUUUAUAGCUUUUCUAAAAAACACAUUACAAUUUACCAGGUGUUGGCAAAAUUUGUCAUUUUUUGUGCGCAUGACUUUACACAUGAAAGAAGUCCGAACUAUAGGCAUGGUGUGCGAGAAGGGCCUGAGCGCUUACGUAGUACUCAUUUACAGGGAUUGUACUGCUCAGAUAAAUAUAUAUAUAACUUUAUCAUAAGUUCGCGAAGUGCAACAAAAGAAAUAGCAGUAUUAAUUUUGUAAUAAUAUUAUUUAUUUACAAGAUGUGUCUGACAAAUGACAUCGAGAAUUCUAACUGACCUUUUAGAAAGCUGCAUUUUCAAGUACAAUGUACUUGACAAUGUACCUGAAAUUUUCCACUUUGGUUAAAAUAGAUAAUGACUGACUACAGAAGUUAAUAAAAAUACUCUUAACCUAGAGAAUGCUACAACCUACUAAACUUCAAAGUUUAACUUUAAAAUUAUAUUGAACACGUUUGUUUUAAUUUAAAGUGAAAAAUAAACUAGAACUCUAUGAUAAAACUCGAAUAGAUCAUUUCGGACAUGUUAGACAGUGAGAAAGCAAACAUAUCAUACGUAUUAUUUAGCAUGGAUGAUUUGUACUGUGAAUAUAUACAUUUUACACUUAACAUUUAAUUCCACGAGUACACACAUAUAAACAUAUAUAUUUACCUUUACCUUUCAUACAUUAGGAAUAUGUUUGUUUUACAUGCAAGAUUAAGGCAUUAAUCCCUUGUGAAAAUAUAAUGCAUGUGGCGUUCACUGUUGAUAUAUAAUUGCAAUAUUAUAUUUUGCCGUUACAUUGAAACAAACAAACCCUUCUUGCAUAUUCAUUUGUAUAGAAAUAUAAACAAUUAAACAAACAAACAACAACAGGAAUAAUGUUUAUUUUGUUUGAUUGAGAGUAACACCGAAACGACACAAUGAACUUUUUCCAGGUUCUGUUGGUGGGGAAAGGCUCCAGGUGCCCCUCCACACAUUUUUUGGGACUCAAACUAGUACCUAGAUCGAGACACUUACCUCAGCUGGAUGGCUUCCUUACGUGAAAAGUUUUACACCUCAAGCGAGGUUUCGAUUUCACGUCGGUGAUGGGCGAGGAAUUCGAAGCCAGCGACCAUGACCAUCAAGUUUUUCUUUUGCAAGUAUAAAACAUAAAUAUUCAGUAAAAUUUCGUAUACUCUCAAUGAUAUUUACCACGUCGGAAGUUACAAAUGGUUUGCCGGAUACACCAUACUUUUAAUUACAAAAGUUUACACACCAUGAGGGUCUGAAAGCACGAAAUUUACGUUCUUGAACGUAUAUGUGAAUCGUCAUGUUUGAAAUGUAAACAAAGCAUAAAAGUAACUGUUUUCAUGUUCGUGGUAAAGAUCGACUUAUGAGUGUCAAUGUUCCCGAUACGGAAUAUAUAUAUGAAUGUAUAAACACGACCCGUUUCAACUUACAGGACUUACAAGAACAUAGUAAGCGGUUGUUUAUUUAUUGUAUUUAUGUUCUAGUAACCUUUGACACUGAUUUCGAGAACAGGCCGGGUUUGUGACAUAUACAUGUCUGUUGUUGGGCUGGAAAAAGAUAUGUCCAAAAUUUAAACUGAAAGCUAUAUUGCAUAAAUUCUUCGUUAUUUCUGUGCAUACAAUUCGGUUGUUUAAAGGUUAGAAUAUCAGAACAUUACAGGAAAUAAAACACAUCUUUUAAAAAGUCCCGAUCUUUCAUCAUUUAUGUGGUUGGCGCAUGAUUACAAAUUUAAUGUUAGUAGGCCGUGAUGUCCAUGAAGCCGUGUAAAGUGAUAAUUUUGAUGACACGUUGGUUUUAUUUUGUAAUUGUGAGUGAUCGUUAAGUGAUCAGAAAGAUCGGAUAGUGGGAUGUUAUAAAAAAAGUGAUGCUUUAUUUAGAUUAGAAAGUCAAUCGUACUCUACAAUUUGGAAAACUAAGGUAAAAUACUCCUUUUAUUUCGUUCACUGAAGAAAACAUAGCGGACAUAUUUUUGUAAAAGAGCGGUGCACGUGUGAUUCGUGUAACACAGUUUAACGACGUUUUCUUAGAAAACUAACGCUCAGCACAUUUACACUGACAUAUCCUUGAUUGAAGAAUAUAUAUAUUGUAUAUACAUGAGAGACUUACGGUACCAAAUACUUACCCCGAAAAUCCCUAUGCAUUUUCUUCUAGUGCUCUAUUUAGGCAUGUUUUUGAGUGUCAUUGAUACUUUAUAAUUUACUCGGAGAUACAUCUUUUUAGUAUUAUCAGUUUCUUUUUGAUCCCCGUGCAUUUCUCGCGUUGUUACGACAAUCUCAGUUUUACAUAGGAAUUUUGCAUUGUCAAAAUAGCAUAGGCCUUAAAGUAUCUAUAAGCUUGCUGCUCACACUAUUUUGUCAAAAAAAUACAUUAAAUGACACAUGCUUUUUGUGUAAAUUCUCAGCUAGACAAAAAUUGCUCUAUAAUCACUUAUUCAGUAGUAGUUAGAGAAAUACCGGAGCGGGCGCUGCUUGACCCCAUUUUGACCUUAACCCAUUGACCAAUACCAGCAAACUCAAAAACCCACAGGUUUUAACAACUUACUGCGAAAACCUUUUGACAAUGUUCACGUUUAUUUUAGUAACGUUUAUUUUUAGCAUUACAGUGUUCAUGUUUAUUUUUAGUAACGUUUACAAUGAAAACGUUUAUUUUUAGAUCAUGUCCAAUUUUCACGUUUAUUUUUAGUAACGUUUACAGUGUAAACGCUUAUUUUUAGCAUUAGAACAAUUUGUUACUCCCGUGUCCAAUGUUCACGUUUAUUUUUAGUAACGUUUACAGUGUAAACGCUUAUUUUUAGAUUACUUGUUGUAUUGAGAUGUGAAAUAUGAAAUAAUUAUUUGUUCAUUUUGUUUUAGAUUGUUAACUUUUAGUAUUUUGUACAAUAAAUCAUUAAUGUUUAUACCAUCCUGUAACAUUUUCAUGAAAAAUAAACAAUAAUAACCACAGAGUGUACUUGUUUUAUCUUGAUACUGUAUGUUAUUAUACUUAACUUUAGGUAUAUAUUUGAUUACUUCUUUUGGUGGAGGAAGUCCGAAUGGGUCAAGGUAUAUUUUCCCGACAUAACACACCCAAUGGGUUCCAGGUCCAAUAGAGUUAUCUAAAUUAAUUAUUCCACAUUCAACCUUUGAUUCUUUUGUUUUUGGUAAAUUAUUUCUACUAAAUACACCCCUAAAGUUUUUAAUUUUUAAUUGUUUAACC